CUACUUACUGAGGUUUUGUUGACUACAUCUUGAUACGAUGUAUGUAUAAAAAGGACCGCGUCCCUCCUCCAUCAGUUAUUGCUUCACCUCACUCCGUGACGAAAGUCGUGCCGGAUCAACGCUGUUUUAAUUUACCGAAAACAAGUUCAAAUUUAGAACCAACCAUGCCAGAUCUGUACUACGUUCCCGGUUCAGCCCCCUGCCGCGCCGUGCUGCUGGCGGCGAAGGCCCUCAACGUCAACCUGAACCUCAAGCUGGUGGACCUUCAUCAUGGAGAACAUCUUAAACCGGAAUAUUUGAAGCUUAACCCCCAACACACAGUGCCCACAUUGGUAGACGAUGGCUUCUCCAUCUGGGAGUCCCGGGCCAUCAUCGCCUACCUGGCGAACAAGUACGGCAAGGGCAGCCCUCUGUACCCUGCCGACCCCAAGGCCAGGGCUCUGGUCGACCAGCGGCUGUACUUCGAUAUCGGUACACUGUAUCAGAGAUUCGCUGAUUACUUUUACCCACAAGUGUUCGCCAACGCACCAGCCGACAAAGAAAAGGCCGGUAAAGUCGAAGAGGCUCUGAAACUGUUCGACCAAUUCCUUGAAGGACAGAAGUUCUCUGCUGGCCCCAACCUAACCAUCGCUGACUUGAGUCUCAUCGCCUCCGUCUCCAGCUUCGAAGCGUCUGAUAUCGACUUCAAGAAAUACAGCAAUGUCAAGAGAUGGUACGAAACAGUGAAGUCGACCGCCCCAGGCUACCAAGAAGCUAAUGAGAAGGGCUUGGAAGCCUUCAAAGCACUGGUCAACAGUAUGAAGAAGUAAAAGCAUCCAAUCAUCAUCUCUCUUUCUAAAAUCUUAAUCUUAAUACUUUCUCUUUCUAAGUGGUCAUUUUCUCAACACAGUUUAAGUUCUACCAUCAAAAGAUUUUGAUCUAAUUUGUCAGAAAUUUUAUGAUCUACUUGUUGGAUGUUGAUUAAAUCUUAUAAUUAAGUAACAUAAGAUAAUUGUUAAGUCAAAAUAAAUAUAUUUAACUUACAA